AGCAAGAUCGCUCCCUUCGCCGGUCGCUUCACAGUUCGACCAAGUUCUUACGCCGCGAGUUUAUGGUGUUUGAGUGAUAAACUGUGAAAAAAGUGAUCGAAAAAUAUUUAAGUGCGAAUCAUAUUUAUUUGUGCUCUUUGUUUCUUUUUUAAUAUCUAAUAAGUGAUGCAUAACUGUUUAUUGAUGUUUGAUGGUAUAACUCGCAUAUCGAUAAGAUUUCUUAUGUAGCAAGUUACGUAUCUAGACAAAUAAAAUUAUCAGUGACACAACAAGUAAGAGUGCAAUGAAUUCACAGGUGGACUUUACAGGAAAUAGCUUAAAGUGAAACGAAUGGUAGCGGCGAUGCGGCGGUUUUACUACGGAGAGGCCAAGAGGCCUUAACGUGGCAUGCAUCCGCCAUCGUGAUCACUAUGUCGGGUGCAUUGCCGCAUAGUGCCUCGCCCACCGGCGACGAUCAGAGUAGACGCCGUUCUGUCUUCUAUGUGCCAUUAUUUGAAAGUUUUGAUAAUUAUUUACCUUUGACACCCGAAGAAAAAGAAGCCCUUAUAAACGGACUAAACGUCGAUACUGUAUGUAUAAGACCUAAAAGAAGAAAUGUUUCAGAUAGUGUGAGACUGCAAAUUCCAUCGCGCGUCGAUUUAUCCUUCACAGAGAGCGAGAGUGACAUAAGCGUUUUUAGUCCGGAACGCCGUUUUCGACGACCUUUAUCGACGACCUUGAGUUCUAAUGAGGCAUUAACUAAAGUAGGUCAUCGUGAAUUGACAAGCCCGAGACUGGUGGCAGAAAGUGGUCUCCUAAGACCAAAACCAAGACUACGAAGUACGACGUCAUGUGAACGUCGAUACGAUAGAAUAUAUUCUCCAAUGGGUGGAUCGAUCUCAUCUACUAAACUAAAUAAUUCCACGUCUCAUAUUGGAAAUAAGGUAGACAAGACAGUAUCGAAAAGUCCCUUGCAAAAUUCUAAUUUAUCUUUAAUAGCGGACUCUCCUAAACUUAUUACGUCGAGUAAAGUAAAAUCUAAAACACUUCCACAAAAUGUCAGCAUGCCAUCACCUAUCAGAGGUAGCAGCAGUUCCACAUCUAUAUUCAGAACUCCUAGAAUUACUGUUACUCCCGAUAGUCCAAGUAAAAGUCCAGGAAAGAUGUCAGGUUUGAACUUUAUUCGACGCUCUAGAAGUACAAAGCUGUCCAGAAGCAAUUCGUUGCUUCGUAGUAUAACUACAAGGCAUAUUGAAGAAGGAUUAGAAGACCGUAUCGCAAUAGUCAUAGAUCUGACCGAUGACUACGACAAGUUCGUAGAUGAAAAUGGCGGUGAGACUGAAGUGAUUAGUGCUCUGAUAAGGAAACAUGAUGCUCAAGUGGCAAACAGUCCUCUGAGUAUCCGACGUGGAUAUUUAGAUGUAGACGAUGAUGUUGCAGUGCAUUCAGACACAUCAUACGAGAAAGCAUGCCGCCGCGGGUCAGCUCCCAGCACACCGGUGCCGGGGGCGCAGGCACAGCACAGUCCCUCCCGGCUGGCAUCUUUCUUUUUUUCCAAGAGAUCCUUCAGAAGCAACAAUCCUCUCAAGAGAACAAAAUCAGCUACAAAAUUGGAAAGAGAGCGCGCGGGCGUACUAGCUACUGUGCCUACCCACCCACCGUCUCAUGCAUUGCGAACUUCAAGAUCUCAUGAAAGCCUUUUAUCGGCUCAUUCACCUGCCGUCUCUACUAUGGAUUUGGGGCCGCCUAAUCAAGUGGAGAUCCGUGCCCUCCAUUCUUCAGUUCUGGGCAGGCCGCACUGUUUCGCUCUAAGUGCUGAAAACAGGCCUCCGAGAUACUUUGCAUGUGCCUCACGGAAAGAGCGCGACCGCUGGAUAUACAGCUUGCGGCAAGCGGCGCGGCCUGAAGAAAUGCGCACGCGCCGGUGCGAGCGGACUGUGAAGUUAUGGCUGCUAGAAGCUAAAGACAUACCACUCAAGAAGCGGUACUACUGCGAAAUAUUACUCGACGAUACACUCUAUGCGAGAUCAUCAUCGAAGUUGAAAACGGAUUUAUGCUUCUGGGGUGAGGUGUAUGAAUUCAGCGCGCUGCCGACGGUUCGUGCUAUUAAUGUCAACGUGUACAGAGAGCCGGAGAGACGCGCGCGCAAGCGGGAUAAACACGCCCUAGUUGGAACUGUGCGUAUCCCGGUCGACGACGUAUCGUCCCGAUACUUCAACGAGCGGUGGUACCCGCUGAGCGAUGGCGAGAAACCGCAAUCUCCUGGCGGCCGAACGCCGGCGCCGCUGCGGCCCGCGCUCCGCAUCAAGUGCCUCUACCAGAGCGUGGACGUUCUCCCGCUCGACCACUAUGCGAGGUUCCUCGACUACCUCAAGAGGAAUUACAGAAAGCUCUGCGAGUAUCUCGAACCGGUUAUUGGUGUAAAAGCGAAGGAAGACAUCGGUUGUGCGUUAGUCCUGUGCAUGGCUGGCGCUGGGUUGGCGCCGCGGUAUCUGGCCGACGUGGUCGCGCUCGACGUGCGCCGCACCGGCGACCACUCGCUCACUUUCCGCGGGAACUCCCUCGCUACCAAGAGUAUGGAGGCCUACUUGAAGCUCGUCGGCGACCAGUACCUGCAGGAGACAUUGGGCGAGGCGGUGGCAGCAGCGGCGGGUCCGGGCGCGGAGUGCGAGGUGGACCCAUUGCGUGCGGGCAGUGGCGCCGCGCUGCGAAGACAACAGGCCGCACUACGCGACGCCGUCACGCUCGCCUGGCGCUGCAUCGCACGCUCCGCUCCUGCAUUCCCCCCGCCGCUCAGGGACUGCUUCGCGACCUUCCGGGAAAGGUUAAUGUCAAUGGGACGAGAGGAUAUUUCGGACAACUUGAUUAGUGCCUCUAUAUUCCUGCGCUUUCUCUGUCCAGCCAUUUUAUCUCCUAGUCUCUUUGGAAUCACACACGAAUACCCGAACGAGCGUGCCGCACGUAAUUUAACUCUGGUCGCAAAGACAUUGCAGACCCUGGCUAAUUUCACGCGCUUCCAAGGCAAAGAGGCAUUUAUGGAAUUCCUCAACGACUUCCUCGAACAGGAGGCGCCGAACAUGAAAGCCUUUCUCAGAGCUAUAUCGACACGUCCACAAGAUCAGCAGCAUUUACAACAACAACAGCAACAUCAUCAGGACGGUAGCAACCGCAACUCUGCAGCAUCUCAGGGUUCCGCAGCCGGCUCUGAGGGCUCUAGGGGUGAAAUUAUAUCGGUGGAGGCAGACCCCGAGUGGGCUCCCCAUGUGGAUCUGGGGAAACAACUGGCUACAUUACAUGGACUCCUAGUAGAUAGUCUGCCGAAGUUACCAGCGAAUAAGAUACAGGAGUUGGAGCCAUUAUAUGAUAUAUUAGACGAACUGACUAAGAGAUUAGUGAGCAACGACAAUGGACCUAUUUCACAAACAACUGACAACAUCUUUAGAUUCAAUGAUCCAACAUGUAGUACACCAACAAAACUUAUUAACACUAAUAAUCCAGAAAUUACAACCAACGGCCAAAUGAAUAGCAACUUUGCUCAUAGUUCGCCUAUUAUGAACAAAAAUGGUGUCCAGUUCAACAUCAGUCCAUCUAAGUCUAACGCCGAGGAAUCUAAAUUUAAAAGUUCUUUUGUAACCGUUGCCAAAUCACCCAGUUUCAAUUUACGCUCAGCUACGCUACCGAGAAAUGGAUAUGGCUCAAGCCCAGUCAAUCAAAAUUCAAAUCCUGAUCGGUACAGUUCACAAUACAACAGUCAGGAGCACUGCGUCAAUCCAAAGGUAUUGCAAAUUGGUUUUGGCUCCGAUCAAUAUCCAAAAGGAAUUAAUAACGGUGUAAAUGAGAGUCUGGAGAGGAGAUUUCAGGAGAGAUACAAGCCUAAUAACUAUAAUCAAGCGCAGUACCACAACUCUAAUUAUAAUAACACCGAACGAUCUCCCAGCAGUGACAGUAUUAACCACAACUAUUCAGUCAAAGAUAUGCAAAAUAUUAUUAAAGACACCGCAACGUUAGAAGAGUUAUCCGAUCUCUUAAAAUAUGCUGAUGAUUCAGACAUAGUUGACGAUAAACUCGCGAUGAACAAGAAAAACUUAGCGCAGUCAAAAUCUAAUAACAAUAACAUUAUCAACGGAAACAAAACAAACUAUACCAAUAAUGGUUCAAACGUUUCUAUAAGCGGUUUGUCUAAUGUAGCGAGCUCCGGGUAUCAAAGCAUCGCUACAUAUAGCCAAAGUUCUAGUCCCAUUGAAAAUACUACACAUCACCAUCAGCCAUAUGAGAACGGCGGCCAACCCAUGAGUCGCUACUCGCAGCUAAAUUACCAAAAACAGAGAGACAAACAGUAUUAUGAUAAUAAAAACGAUAAAUUUUAUCCAAAGAGUCCAGUACAACAGAAGAUUGAAUAUGAUAUUCAGAAAUAUGGUAUUCAAAACUUUACUACAGCUGACAAUACACAAGCAAAUACAAACGUAAGUUCAAAAAUAGCACCUUUGGUAUUCACUAAUCCAGUUUAUAAUAUGGAAGACAAUCGUCAGUCUCAAGAUAAAAAGAGACACAAUGAAAACAGAAAUUCAAAACGUUGUCCAUGCGGCUCAUCCAGUUCAUCAAUAGAUGAGGAGGGUUUGAGUACAGACAAUGUAGAAACAAAUUCCGAAGAAGGUUCUACCAACUUCAAUGAAGACCAACAGAACCGCAACAAUACCCACCGAAAACUCACUAGAGAUAAUUGUAAUUAUGAAGAUAUGUAUCAGAUGAACAACCAUAGUCAUUCACCAAGGACGCGAGAUGAAGAAUCUUCCAGUAAUUCACCAAGCUUACGAAAGACUAGCAAGACGCGCAUGCCCAGAACAAAUCCUAUGCUCUCUUAUUCGACAAAUCAGAAUCAACUAAAUUAUAAACACUUUGGCCAACGAGGGGAAUCAUUGUACGAAAGCAAACCUCAUCACAUCUCCACUGAUUCUGGUUAUCCAAUGAGCCGGUCAGAUUCCAAUGUGGAAGAGGUUAACAAAGAAAUGUAUAGACUACAAAUAUCAAGAAGUCAAAAGGCUUUAUAUAACAUGGAAAAUUCUAAGAAUUCCCCUGAAAAGUAUACUAUUACAGAAAACGUGAUACCUGAGACUAAUUAUCCAUUAGACAGAACAUACUCUGGAGCAAAGAUGUCAAGUAGUCGAUUAAAUGAGGAUUUGGAAAGGCACCAGGAUUAUUACGGGGCACGAGACAGAAGAGAUUCACCUCAAGGAGUGUUCAGCCGAGAGUCGCAAUCAAGUGAGACCAGCGAACGAGCACCGGCGCGCAGUGAACGCGAAGCGACGGGCCGAGACAAAAUGCAACGGAGGCUCAGUUUAGAUUCUGCUAGGGAUCUCACCGACAGUUCUGAUGAUAUGGAAGACACUCUAUACAGUACAACAGGAAGAAGACGUGCUUCUAAGCAUCAAAGAACUAUUGAACAGUAUGAACGCGAAAUUGAGAGGUUAAAGCACUCCGUAGAAUUCCUACGUGGGAGGCUGCCGACUGAACCUGGUCAAGACCCCAGUGACGCCAAAAUGAAGGCUAUUAUAUCCAGGUUAAUCUGUGUGGAAGAAGAACUAAGGCGGGAACAACGCAAAAUGGCAGCCGCUCUUUCUCACAAACAGCGCGUGAUAGAAGCACAGGAGCAUCGUAUCGCAGCGCUGGAUGAAGCCAACACCAGGCUGUUAUCAGCAUUAGUUCACUUGCAACAGCGUGCCCCUCACCCCGCGCCCGCACACCCUUCACACCCCUCACACAACAGCACACAUCCUUCACCGCAUUCACACCAAGAACUACAGAUUUAACAGUGUCUAGAUAUUGAUAUAUUUUAACAAACUGAGAGACUUAAAACUGACCUCUGAAACUGUUGACAUAGUUUUCUUUCGCAGUCUUUAAUGAAGCUAGAAGUAAUGGUGUAUAUACCAUAUUUCACAGUGCUAAGGUUAGAAUUUGAGCUGCAUUAUUUAUCAUGAAUACUUAUAAUGGGAACAC